UCAAAAUGGCCGCAUUUUAGUCUACAGAGUACUUUUCUUUACUGUUUGCCAAUAGCUGUGCUGUGGGCCUGGCGGUGUUCGUUCACCCUAGACGGAUCUGUUUCGCCGGAAAUUUCGCCGUGUCGAUCGACGCGCAUCAAAUUUCCGUGAAAUAGAACUAACGUGACCGGAUUUUCCUGUAUAGAUUUCCAUCAAGAUGUUACAUCAUCAGCAUCAUGCAAUGCAAAACCAGCUUCGAGAUCAUAACAGAAUGGCAGGACCGAUGCGGCCAAUGCAGCAAGCUACAAUGCCCCAGCUACGUCAGCCGCAGCAUCUGCUGCCGCAUCGGAAUCCCCAUCAACCAAUACUAUCCAUGCCUCAUCAUCAACAGCAUAUGCAUCACAUGCAGCAUCCUGGCCCGCCGCAUGGAAAUCCAAGACAGCAAAUGUUGAUGGGCAUGAAUGCACAUAAUACAAACAAUACCAUGGUCAGUGUCAGCAUGAAAGAUCAAGUGAACACAGUUUCUGUGACUCUUCAAAAUGUGCAGCAGCCUCAGUAUCAGCAUCAGCAGCAACAUCAACAGCAACCGCAACAACAGCAUCAACAAUCAAAUAAUCAAUCGAGUCAAUCUCCACAACAACAAUCAUCACAGCAACAGCAGCAGCAAGUGCAACAAUCACAAUCUCAGCAACAACAGUCACAGCACGUGUCGCAGCAAUCAAACGUGGAGCAGUCGAAGGCGGUAAAUGACACUAAUGGAGAAUCCAGAGACGAAAAUUCACCUAAUCAGAAUCACAACAAUGCAACUAAUCCAGCCUUGGCAAACAUGAAAGAAAAAACACCUAUGUGUUUAUUGAACGAGUUGGCGAGAUUUAAUAGGAUUCAACAUCAAUAUAGACUAACAAACGAGCAAGGACCGGCGCAUAAGAAAAGAUUCACGGUCACACUUAAACUUGGCGAGGAGGAAUAUGUCGCAGAGGGUCCUAGCAUAAAAAAGGCUCAGCAUAGCGCAGCGACCGAGGCAUUAACUAAGACUUGGUACCGUCAACCUCCGCCUAAACCUACUAAGGCUAUGAGGAUUGGUCAUUUGGGCAAAUCUCCAACAGGUUCUGGUCAUUUACCGCCCACUGUCGAACUGAACGCUUUAGCAAUGAAGCGAGGCGAACCAACUGUUUAUACGUUUCGGCAAGCGCCACCAGCCGCAUUACAGCAUCAAUUUAUGCCACACGGUUUUGGUAACUUUCCGCGAAUGUACAAUCCGCGACUCACGUACAAUCGUGGAGUCCACACAGACCUCCAGGGAUUGUAUCUUGUCACUCUAAAGGUUGGCGAACGCGAAUUCACUGGUAGAGGUAUGACCGGUCAAGCCGCACGUCACGAUGCUGCCAGUAGAGCGUUAGAACAAUUGCGUCAAUUGCCGUUGCCAGAAGAGGUCGCAAACACCAGCAACGUUAGUGAGAAUGGUACGCUGAGCGGCAUUGAUGAUCCAAACGCUGAAUUGAAAAGUCCUGUGUCUCUGGUUCAUGAAACUGCUCUGAAACGCGGCUUGCCGGUCAGCUUCGAAGUCGUGUCCGAAAGCGGUAAGCCUCACAUAAGAACCUUCAUGACAAAAUGCACCGUCGGUGAAAAGGUUACUGUGGGAGAAGGUUCAUCAAAAAAGGUCUCAAAAAAACGCGCCGCCGAGUUAAUGUUAGAAGAACUGAAGCGUCUUCCUCCAUUGCCUCCUGCUAUUCAGAAUCGAUCGAUGCGAGUAAAACGUAAGCCACCAGCGACGAAGAAGAAGUCCCGUAAUUUAAUCAAGGUUUAUCAAGAACCUCGUUCAGAAAACGAAGUCGCGGAGGAGGUCAACCCGGUCUCACGGUUGGUCCAAAUUCAGCAGGCAAAACGAGAGAGAGAACCGGUCUAUAAUCUGAUAGACGAGAAGGGCGCGCCGAGGCGCAGAGAAUUCGUUAUGGAAGUAACAAUGGGACAGCACUCUGCACAAGGAAUGGGACCUAAUAAGAAACUGGCUAAGAGAGCCGCAGCCGAGGCUCUUCUGGCGCAAUUGGGAUACAGUAAGCCAUCGCCGCAGCCCGUGAAACCGUCUAUAAAGACGGGCGAUAGCGAGAACUCGACAGAAUCUAAGCCCAGGAAAGUGACCUUUCUGGAGGACGAACAAGUAAACGACACUCAACCUCAUUCGGUAGGAGGUUCUAUAGGCCGCCAGUUAGUACCUGGUCUUUUACUCGUGGACGGAGGUCAAGAAUCUAAAAUAGGAAAUGGACCGAGUGUACAAAUAGUUGCUGAAGAGUUGCGUGGCCAGCAACAACAAAACUCGGCUGGUGUUUCGCCCAAGGAUCAAUUGCACUAUUUAUCCCAGUUAUUUAAUUUCUCCGUAGAAUUCAACGAUUUUCCUAAAGCUUUUUCAAAAGGAGUCUCUAUAAGCAAGGAAUAUUUAUCAUUGGUAACGCUGAGCACCGAUCCACCGCAAGUUUGCCACGGUAACGGAGCGACAAUAGCAGCAAGUCGUAAUCAGGCGGCAUUAAGAGCGCUUCGUACCCUCAGUAAACUAGGACUCGAUAACGCCUCCAACGCAACGCAAGUGAAGAAGGACAAAGGUGCGUCUGGUGAUGGAAUACACAUAAGUAUUCAGGUUAAAAAUAAUAUUAUGGAUGGAGCUAUCGAUAAAUAACCGAAUAGCACUUAAGGCUCAUAUAUGAUGUUGAGUUAUAUUUAUGGUUCUUUAAGACACUGCGGAAAAGAGAUAAUAAUUGGAUUUUUAUUGUAAAGUUCAUUGACACUUGAUAAAAUUUUCUUUACAUAUAUUUGCCAGUUUUAUUUAAAAUAUGUGAAAUGAUUUGAUUGUAUCGAGUCUGGAAUUUAACUAUCACUUUGCAUCUUGAAAAAUUGUUACUUUUUUUUAUACUUUAUAAUUUGUGUCUACAUACAUACUACUUUCUGGGUGUAGCGAUCCCAACUAUAUAUUUGUAAUUGCCAAAACUGUUACAGAGAAACUUGCUGAAGAUUUUAAACGAACUAUUGCUUGAUCUUGAUAUUUUCAUAAAAAUAUCUUUAUAUACGCUUGUUCAUUCUGUUAGGUUGCUCAUAGAAGAGAGUUGGAAACAGAAAUCAAUUUUAAUCAAGUUGUAUGUACAAUUAAUGUUGAAUCAAAUUUUUAUAUCGAUUUAUAUGAUCACUCAAGUUCCACAACAGCAGAUGUAUGUGAAGCUCUCCGAUCUUUCGCAGUGUCUUAAUUAUAUUGAAAUGUUGGUCAAGCAUCGAUGAUGUGUGUAAUAAUUAUACGAGAAUUCUUUUAAUGAAUGGAAAUAUCUAAUCGAUCAUAGUAGACGAAAACACGAAAAAACGCAACUUUCGUGACUACAAACAUGCUAUCAUGCUGUGGAUUGUAACAGUUGUUUAUUUUAUCAUUAAAUACAUCCGCGUACAUUCAUUUCUUGCAAAAUUAUCAAUAAUAAUACUUGUGAUUAAAUCGUGUGGAAUAUCAUUGGUGCUUGAUCGUGAUUGUGAUUCUAGCAGUGAUAGGUAUAAAUUGCUAAAUUUAUUGUAACGUAUGUAUUCAUUGACGGAAUCACAAUCUUAAACAUACGUACACGGUAAUAUAAAAUGAUCAUUCUCCAAAAAAUGGUUUAUGAUCAUUGAAUACACAAUAGAGGAACAUAUUAAGGAAAAAAAAAAACACAAAAAAUUAUACGAUCUGAAGAUGAAAUGCGACCAUGUUUUACUUUUCGAGAAUUUCCUUUCUCAUUAUCGUGAAUAAAACGCUAUGUCUUAUUACCUAAUAUCAAUGCAGUGCUUUUUUCAUUUUUUUUUUUUUUUUUUUUUUUUUUUUG